AUUCAAGAAAGAUGCUUUGCAUGAGUGAGGUCGAUCGACUACUGAAUUCUGAAGAUGACGUUUAUUGAUUGAUGUUAUAGCCUUUUAUGCUACCUGGUGACCCAUCUCACCAUGACUUACUUCCAGCCUUAUGUGACCCAACUGGGAGCCCAAGGAGCUGGGAGGUCAGCGGGGCCUGGGUUUCCACCAUUGACUAGUCAGGGGUACAUUGCAAAUCCUGGUGACCAACAGUACAUGCAGAUGCAGUCGACACCAUUUUACCCACAACAGAAUCUACGAGGUACAUAUGAAUCACCUCAGCAGCCACCAAGGAUUGAGCUAAAUCCUAAUGCAGUGGCCUACCAGUCCUACACAAGUCCAUCUCCUCCGGGACCAAGCAGCCAGCAGUAUCCUAGGGGAGGAAACCAGUAUCAGAGAGGGGACCAGAUAUUUCAAGGUGGUGACCUGAGAUACCAAGGAGGGGACCAACGGUUUCAAGGAACGUACCAAAUGGAGGCUGGUCAGAUGUACCAGGACAGAUCCAAACAGUACCAGGUCACACCGCUGUUCCGUCCUUACCAGAAUGGUCCAGAGAUCCUAAGGGUCGCAGCACAAAAGCCAUGCCCGCAACGCCCCAUGACACCACACACUUUGAAAUCUCCUUUACAGACAUUUAGUGUGCCAGCUCCAUCUCUUGGGGAAUCUACUAUACAGACACCGAAACCUGAAAACACGGAUGGCCUAACCCUGAGUUACCCAGAUGACCAGUCCAUGUUUGUGAAAGAUUCUGGUCAAGGCAUGCCGGUACCAUCCACAGCAGCAGAAGAUGUUUUCAAGGCCAAAGCGUCAUUGUAUGGCAUUGAAAUUUGUACCAAGGCAGAGAGGCUCGCCACUGCAGAGAAGCAGAAUAAAACUGUGAACCACCAGCUGUAUUCCUUACAUAAGGAUUCAACUGAAGUGAAUGGAGAAAAAAAACCUGAAAUGUUAUUCCAAAUGACACAUAUUGAACCUGAAGAGAGUAAUGAAAGUGAGGAGGAUGCUGCUACAUCUUCUAUAACUGAAGUGACCUCUGAAUGCACAACAGUUCAUCAGCAGUUCAUACCAGAUUACGACCAAGGAAAAAACCUGAACUCUUCUGAAGAUAUAUCCAAUCCCUUUUUUAUCAGUCCGGAGGAAUACAAUGGUUGUGUUUUGUAUAGUGAAGGGACGGAGCAAGAAACAGAAGAGAAAAGUAAAUUAAUUGAGAUUCCUCGUAAUUCAUGGUCCAGUGGAAGUUGUGCUAACAGCAUAGAUGAAUGUGACAGCUUUAACACUGCUCACAAUCAGGAUGGUUCAGAUGGAGAGAUUGGAAUUUUCAGAAAUUAUGUAUUGGAAGCUCUGAUGUCUAAAUCGCCCCAAACCAAGAAAAAAGAUGAUGCAAUGCAAAAUUCUGAAUUCCCAGUUAUUGAAACAGAGCAGUGUGAAACUAUGACGAAGAAAAUUGCUGAUACAGAUCUAGAGGAGAUUAAUCACAGGAAUACAGAGGAGUUUGAUCACGGGAAUGGGGAUACAUUUGAUAGUCUAGUUGAAGAAUAUGUAAAAUCAAUUAUCAGAAAAGCAUGUGAAGCUGUUACAAAGCAGUGCAACUUACCAGGAGAAUGUAGGCCAGCGGUUAAUGAAAUGGAUGAAGAAAAUAUCAACAACUGUAGUUGUAAAGAGACUGAUUAUGAAAAGCCUAACUGUGUAAAAGAAAAUCACCGAAAAUUGAAAUGCCAGGAUGAAGCCGAUGACACAAGGGUCAGUCAUGAGGAUCAGGUAUCAAACACAACAAUCAAGCAUCAAAUUGAUGCAGAUGAUUCAAAGGAUGGGCCAGUUGAACAAGUUUCAGAACUGUCUUUAGCGUCGUCUUCCUCCAGUGCCUGGGCCAUGGCAUGGAAUGUAAAACACAGCAGUUGCUUGGAUGAGAAUUCAAAUUACUGCAACAGUAAUGUUGAGAAAGUUAAGGCAUAUCAUCAGGACUCCGAAAGUACUGAACAGUCUAGUGAUUACAGUGACAGUGGGAGUGGAUCACAGUUAAAUCCGAUCACACCAGAAUUCAGACCACGCAAACAUCUGAAAAACAAGACUGUGAGUUCUAUGAGACCUGAUGCACCUGUGUUUCAACCUCUCAAUGUGCAGACCCUUCCACGGUCUGUGAAACAAAAGGUGACGAUUAUGAGAGAGGUGACUGUGUCAGACUGAAAAGAAGGAACACAGGGAGGUAGCUAGUAACACUCGCAGGGUGAAACAAGUGGAUCAGGUCUCGGAGACCGUCAGUUGUGACACUCGCGAAGUUUG